GUCUAAUACUUUCAUGUGCUUUGGAAUGCUAAUAGGCCGCGAGGCGAACCGGAAUGCCGCCCCAGCUCCCUCCUGAGAUUUCCAUUCGCGCCGAUGGGAGAAAACGUCAUACGCUGCACUCAUCUUCCUCCGGUCCGAUUAAGAUGCCACAAAAGUGGAUAUUCCCGUUGCUGCUGGUGGCGGCUCUACUGACCUUGGCGAUGACAUUCGACGACGAGUAUGAUGACGAUGAUGAAGAAGACAAAGCUCUGUAUGGCGACGAAGACAAAAAAAAUAACGACGACGAAAAGGACAACGGGACGCGAAUCAGAAUCAAAAAACGUCGACGACCCAUCGAUCUGAAUAUAAGAGUUCCGUAA